AUGUUACAAACCAUCUUCAAUGCGUUAGGUUUAUUUGUGGAUCUCGCUGUUGCCUUUCUGUCCGACGUUGGGAUUGUUGUCAUUGCCUUCCUUUUUCUCGUCCUAAUCACCUUCAUGCUUUACGUCCUUGUAAAGAUCUCCUUGAGGUCGGGCAACACAAUGGCGAACCGUUUAGACCCCUUUAAAAUAGUGUCUACUAAGGACACAACUACCAGUGCCACUACUACCGAGUCCUCAACUAACACCACUCCUACGGGGCAACUCAGGGAGCGCGAUCAGAUGUGCGUGGUCUGCUAUGACAAAGUCAAGAACAUCUUGAUCCUGCCCUGUAGGCACCUCUGCUGCUGCAAGGAGUGUUUGGAUUUGAUAACAGGCAGUGCACGAUCCCAAGGAAACGCAGCUGCGAAGUGUCCUCUCUGUCGACGUGCCAUCACAAGUUCCCUGGAAGUCUACGUUUGA